AUGGCCUCUGAAAAUUUUGUGCAACCUGCAAUUCCACGUUUUGAUGGUCACUAUGACUAUUGGAGCAUAUUGAUGGAGAAUUUCUUACGAUCUAAAGAGUACUGGCAAGUAGUCUCUGGAGGGAUAGCAGAACCAGCAACGAACUCACCAAUGACGGAUGCGCAGAAAACAGAGAUUGAAGGACAGAGAUUAAAAGAUCUAAAGGCAAAGAAUUAUUUGUUCCAAUCUAUUGAUCACUCAAUCUUGGAAACUAUUCUGUGCAAGGACACCUCCCAGCAGAUUUGGGACUCCAUGAAGAAGAAGUACCAGGGAUCAACGAGGACCAAGAGGCAGCAGCUUCAAGCACUUCGAUUUGAGUUCGAAACUCUUCGAAUGAAGCCGGGAGAGUCAGUUUCUGAUUACUUCUCAAGAACAAUGGAAAUCAUCAACAAAAUGCGAAUUCAUGGCGAGAAGAUGGAGGACGUGGCUGUUAUUGAGAAAAUUCUUCGGUCAAUGACGCCAAAAUUUAACUAUGUUGUUUGUUCUAUUGAGGAAUUGAAAGACCUUGAUGAACUAUCAAUUGACAAGUUGCAAGGAUCUUUGUUAGUUCAUGAGUAG